UUAAUCAUCUGUUAGAGUAUGUGCGCUUUGUUGAAUAUUUUAUGUCUUUUCCAUAUUCACGACAUAUUGAUGGCAAUUUCAUUUGUCUCAUUACUGCAGAAGAGAGAAGCCAACUAGCAAACAAGAUCAAGGCUCUAAGCCGGUUGAAAGCCAAACUGUUGGUCAUAGCCGAGGAGCAACGGGCAUCUGAAAUCAAGCUAAUCAGGGGAGAUGCAGUUAAGGCUGAGUGGGGCCAGCAAAUUCGGAACUACAUAUUCCAUCCAUACAAGCUUGUGAAAGAUGUGCGGACAGGAUACGAGACAGCAGACAUCUCUUCCGUAAUGGACGGUGAAUUGGAUCCAUUCAUUAAAGCUUACCUCAAAUACAAAUACAGUAUGUCGAUGCGUACUGAAUAG